AUGGAAGGGUUCGCGUCACUGAAAACACUCUUGUUCGUCCUCACAUGGUUCUGCCGUCUUGAUCCUUCCACUCCGAUUGUAUUCCAGAUCGUCAAAGAGCUUCUCUUCACGAGCUCUCCUCCUUCCACCAGUAUCUUCUCGAACUUGCAGCACUGCCAUGUUUCUCAUUUUGCCUUCAACGACUUCAAACGCGGAAACAACAGGCACCAUCACAGAAUCAUCCCUGGUAUGUUCACCAAGUCAAGAUCCUCCGGCCACGACGGGACGGACGAUCUUAAGUGUGAGAUCGAGCAAGAACUCGAGAGGUCUCGAUCUCUGCUAGCAUCCGAGGUGAUCACGAAGGACGAGGUCACGAUGCGACUUCGAGCGCUGGAGUCUCUUGCUGGGCGAUGGGAGGCGGAACAGAGCUCACAGGGACUGGGAAACAGUCUAGAUGAUAUGAUGGAGCACUUGCGGGCUAUCCAGUACAACCUGCCCGUUGAUCUUGGGUCCAAGAGACCGGUAGCCAAGUUCGACGAUGGUGCCCUCAAUAUCUCGAGCAUGCCCCCCCACGCUCCGCAGGCAGUUGGGGGCAGUGAGCUGACGGACCGGUCAGCGGUUGUGACUGAAGAUCUCAAGGAGGCGAUCUUCGAAUCAGACAUUCAGAUCAAAGAAGCAAGGAGGCUCCUCGGGAUUGCAAACCCUGAUAAUGAUGACCUCAGAUACAUUGAGCAAGUGCAGUUGCGACUGAAAGAUAUCAUACAAGAGCUCGAGGACAAGUCCGCGGACUUCAAGAAGAUCAUCUCACAACAUGCUCUCAUCGAUGAAGCCAUCAUGGCAAAGGAUCAAGCUGACGAUGUUAUGAAACUCCUCCGAGAAUUUCAGUACAACGUUCCGACAAACAUUCUUCGAUCCCGAGAGGCUCAGAUCUCAAGCAAGACCAAGAAGAAGAGAAUAACUUACAACUUGAGCAAGAUAUCAAACCUCAAAGAACUUGUCGACAUCCUGUCAAAGAGCAUCGAAGGAGAUGUCAUUGUUGCAACAGACUUGGCGCUAUGUCUCAACAACCUCAAGCGGCUGCAAUGGCAGGCCAAGGGCUUUCGAGAUGUUCAACAAGUCCAGCAGCUCGUCGUCAGGAUUGCAUCUUUGAUCAGUGACGCCGUGAACGACCUGGAGCCGAGACAUGUUGCGCUUUCUCUCAAUGCUCUCGCAAGUUUUCCUCUUAACCGGAAGGAAUUCCUCAUGGAAGAGAAAUCAAGGGUUGGGAUGGAAAUUCCCCACACAUGGAGAUUGGAGGAGGACUACAGCUACAUGGCAAGAGAGUUCGAGAGGGGCGAAAUGGUUGUUGUGCAGAUAGAAAGCAAGGUUCCUCGAUUUGGGGUUAUCGGGGGUGAAGGAGAUAUGGAUGGAAGCUAUGUUGUCUACUAUGAAGAUGGUUUUGACGCCAAGUGUUGCCGCAGCCUUGACGUUGGAAAGAUUGGAAAGAUUCUUGACAGCGACUUUGAAAUCUUGAAGAAGAGGAUGAUCAUGUUUUUCCACAUCGGCACCGCAUUGUUAACAAAGGAGAUGUUGUUUGCUUGCAACUCACAAGACAUCGCUACUGUCAUCUGGUCAUCGGCAAAGAUGAAGAUUGCAGAUCGACAGGUUUUCCAACGUCUUGUGGAGCAGAUGGAUCGAAGCUCCUUGUUGUCCAGCAUGAGGUCCAGAGACAUUGCUACCAUCAUGUGGUCUUUUUCCCAGCUGGGGUACACAAACUUGGAGCUCGUGAGCAAGCUGAUGAAUCAUUUCGUCAUGGAGAGGAAUCUUGAAUCAGCUUUUGGGCAAGACGUUGCGAAUGUCUUGAGCUCCAUGGCAAAGAUGAGGGUCUUUCAUAGCAAGACCUUCUACAUGCUGGGCAAGAGAGUCAUUGCCAUGAGCAAGAACGAGAAGAUUCGAGCCAACUCGCUCUCCAUCUCCUCCGUCCUCUCCUCCUUCGCGCAAGUCAACUUCCUCCGCACCGACCUGCUCCUCCAGCUCGACGACCUCUUCCUCUCCCUCCCCGACCAGCAUGUGAACAUGCAGACUUGCUGCAACCUGCUCUGGUCCCACGCUGUGUUCAGAAUACCAGAUGCUCCCUUGUGUGCUCACAUUUUGCGACUGAUGAUAAGAGAGAAGCAGAGGUUAGACAAGUCAGACAAGUAUCAGCUUCACCUGUUCUUCCUGAGUCUCUCUGCUGUUGGGGAAGAGCUGUCGACAUUGCUGCAAGGGGAGGACUCGGCGAUCAUCUCAGAUUGUGAAAGGCUCAAGGAAGAGUGCAAGGAUUUCUUCAUGAGAACAUCUUCAGAUGUCAACUCAGUCUCUGACUCGCAAGCGUCCCUCGCUCGCUGCGCAAGACGUCUCGGGAGCGUGGAGGAGGAGCACGUGCUGGAGGACUCGGGGUACACGGUGGACAUUUGGAUGCCAGGCAGGGAGUGGGACAGAGUGAGGAUACAAGGCCAAGAAGCUCAGAUCCGAUGGCUCGAGUCGAAACUUGGAUUGAGCAUGCAGGAAUGA